AUGGGGAGCGCGGAGCUGGGGGACGGCCCGCGGGUGCUGCGGGCACUCACGGGGUGCCUGCUGGGCGCCCUGGUGCUGAGCACGCUUCUGGGCAAUGCUCUCGUGUGCCUCGCCAUCCUGCGCUUCCGCCACCUCCGCAAUAAGGUCACCAACUGGUUCGUGCUGUCACUGGCCGUCUCGGACCUCUGUGUGGCCGUCUUGGUGAUGCCCUGGAAGGCGGUCACUGAGGUGGCUGGAGGCUCCUGGCUCUUUGGCAGCCACUUUUGUGACACCUGGGUGGCCUUCGACAUCAUGUGCUCGACUGCCUCCAUCCUUCACCUCUGCAUCAUCAGCCUGGACCGGUACUGGGCCAUUGCCAGCCCCUUUCGGUACGAGCGCAGGAUGACGCAGCGCCUUGCCUGUGCCAUGAUAGCCAUGGCCUGGGCUCUCUCGAUCCUCAUCUCCUUCAUCCCAGUGCAGCUACACUGGCAUAAAGCCAAGGACAGCAGAGAUCCAGGCUCCUGGCUACCUGGGACACCCCGCUGCGAUGUCAGAUUGAACAGCGCUUAUGCCAUCACCUCCUCCCUUAUCAGCUUCUACAUCCCCGUGGCCAUAAUGAUCAUCACCUAUACCAGGAUCUACAGAAUUGCCCAGGCCCAGAUCCGCCGCAUCUCCACCCUUGAGAGAGCCGGGGGCCAGUGGCCGGCUCCUGGCAAGGAGCCCACCUCCUCUUUGCGGAGUUCCUUGCACAAGGAGACCAAGGUGCUGCAGACCCUUUCUAUCAUAAUGGGAGUCUUUGUUUGCUGCUGGCUGCCCUUCUUCCUGCUGAACUGCCUGCUGCCUUUCUGCCAGCCCAGCCUUCAGGGAGACCCUGAAGGACAGUCACUCUGUAUUGGCCAAACCACUUUCAAUGUCUUUGUGUGGUUUGGCUGGGCCAACUCUUCAGUGAAUCCAGUGAUCUAUGCUUUCAACGCAGACUUCAGAAAGGCUUUCAGCAAUCUCUUGGGCUGCCGGUGCUGCUGCUGUGGCACACCCAAAUCGCCUGUGGAGAGGAUCAACUUCAGCAAUGAGCUGGUUUCCUAUCACCAUGACAGCACCUGCCAGAAGGAAGGAGCUGUCCCAUCCUCAGUACCUCCUGCUGCCAUCACCACCUGGGUGCAGCCCGUGCCCCAUGCCAUAAGCCUCCAGGGAGAGGACAGCAGUGAGGAGAUGUAUAUGGAGAAGAGGGUUGUGACUUCUCAGACACAGACUGGCCCUGGCAGCAGCCCCAAUAGUUGUCAAGUGCCAGCUAUUUUACAAUUGGGUUGCAAGGCAAAGCCAUCCCUGGAAAUGGUUGCCCCCGUACAGACAGGACUUGGUCAGUGUGAGGGACCCCAAUGCCUUGUUUCAGAGGAAUGA